AUGACGACUACAGGACUUGAAGGUCACGCGAUGGAGCAGUUCAAGGUUUGUGACCUUAUCUUCCAGUUUACUCCUAAGAUUGAAGAUACCUGCAUCUGCAAAAUCACUAUGAUCUGGGAGAAGCGCAACGAUGAAGUCCCCGAACCAAGCAGCUACAUGAAACUCAUCAAGACAAUGGCUGCUGAUAUGGAGGACCACGUUCUCAAAGCUUAA